AUGUCAGACGAAAAGAGGGAAGCCCAAAUUACUAGCAUUACUAGUGUUGGAAGUCACUUCAACGAACUCGAAGAUCAUGAAAUUGAUUUAGCUGCUGUUACCUCACACCCAAUUUCUAUUGGUGAUGUUGGUACUACAUUAACUUCAGAUCAGAAAUGGUUUAUCUUAAAUAGAUUGAAUUUCCAAGGUUUGGAAUCAUUAGAAAACAUUCCAAUUCAAGCUAGUUUUAUGAUUGAAAAGGUUGAAAAUUUAUCAAUCGAAGAUUCUGUCACCAUUAUUAAAGAAGCAGUUAUAGCUCAUAGUAAUGAUAUUAAUUAUCCAUCAGAUGAUUAUGAAUAUAUUGUUGCAUUAGACAAAUAUUCUGAAGAUCAUGUAACCACUGAUGUUAAAGAUAAGUUGAAUGAGAAUUUUGGCCCAAAUAAGGAGAAGUUUGAAGGCUCUUCAACCGAUAGCCCUGUCGCAGAACCUUCGAAUAGAAAACUUGACUACCAUGAAAUCAUUGAUUGGGAUUUACAAAUUAGAUUAGAAGCUGCUUUGAUUGCUUACCAUUCUCCUUAUCCAGAAGUUAGAGCUGUUACUGAUCCUUUUGAUGAUCCUUCAGUUCCAGUCGAAACUGUUAGAGUCUAUAUUGCUGGUAUUAUUUGGACUGCUGUUGGUGCGGUCAUUAAUCAACUUUUCGCUGAAAGACAACCUGGUAUUAGUUUGGAUGCGUCUGUUGUUCAAGUUUUGCUUUAUCCUACAGGUCUUAUUUUAGCUUACAUCUUACCAAAGUGGAAAUUCAAAGUUUUUGGUCAAACAAUUGACUUGAAUCCUGGACCAUGGACUUCAAAAGAACAGUUUUUAGCUACAUUGUUUUAUUCCGUUUCAGGUAGUAUCAGUUAUGUAUCUUAUAAUAUUCAUGUUCAAAGAUUACCUUUCUUCUACGAUAAUCAAUGGGCUGAUUUCGGUUACCAAACCUUGUUAAUCUUAUCAAACAAUUUCUUAGGUUUUGGUUUUGCUGGUGUUAUGAGAAAGUUUGCUGUUUAUCCAGUCGAAGCUUACUGGCCAACACUUUUGCCAACAGUUGCCUUAAAUAGAGCUUUGAUGGUUCCAGAAAAGAAAGAAAGAAUUAAUGGAUGGAUUAUUUCCAAAUAUAGAUUCUUCUUCUAUGCUUUUGUUGGAUCAUUCCUUUACUUCUGGAUUCCGGAUUAUUUAUUUGCUGCUGUUUCAACUUUCAAUUGGAUGACUUGGAUCAGCCCAAACAACUUCACACUUGCAAUGGUUACUGGUUCAUUUGGUGGUUUAGGUUUUAAUCCAAUUCCAACUUUUGAUUGGAAUUACUUAAAUUUUAACUAUGCUUUAACUAUCCCAUUCUAUUCUCAAAUGUCACAAUACGUUGGUAGUAUUAUUACUUUCUUCUGUAUUAUUGGUGUUUACUGGACAAAUUAUAAAUGGACAGCUUAUUUACCAAUUAACUCUUCUUCUUUAUUUACCAAUACUGGUGAAGUUUAUGAAGUUACUGAAAUUCUUAACAGUAAAAGUUUAUUAGAUCAAGCCAAAUAUGAUGAAUAUGGUCCACCAUUCUAUUCUGCUGCUAACUUAGUUUUAUACGGUGCUUUCUUCGCCCUUUAUCCAUUUGCCAUGGUUUAUGAAAUUGGUUCAAGAUACGAAAGUAUGUAUAGUGCCAUGAAGUCAUUCAUCAUGGGUCUUAAGAAUUACAGAAAAUCCACCUUUGAAGGUUUCAAUGAUCCUCACACCAGAAUGAUGACUGCUUAUAAAGAAGUUCCAGAUUGGGCUUUCCUUAUUGUUUUGAUCAUUGCACUUGUUUUAGGUAUCAUUUGUGUUAAAGUCUAUCCAGCCGAAACUCCAGUUUGGGGUCUUUUCUUCGCUCUUGGUAUUAAUUUUGUUUUCUUGAUUCCAAUCACUGCUGUCUACUCAAGAACUGGUUUCGGUUUCGGUCUUAACGUUUUAGUUGAAUUAAUCGUUGGUUACGCUCUUCCAGGUAAUGGUUUAGCUUUGAACUUCAUUAAAGCCUUUGGUUAUAAUAUCGAUGGUCAAGCUCAAAAUUAUAUCACUGAUCAAAAAAUGGCUCAUUAUGUUAAAAUUCCUCCAAGAGCCUUAUUUAGAUGUCAAAUGUUAUCUGUGUUCAUUGCUUCAUUUGUCCAAUUAGGUAUAAUUAAUUUCUGUAUUGAUCACAUUAAAGACUAUUGUGAACUUGAUAACCGUCAAAAAUUCACUUGUCCAAAUUCAAGAGUUUUCUAUUCUGCUUCUAUUUUAUGGGGUGUCGUUGGUCCAAAGAAGGUUUUCGAUGGUUUAUAUCCAAUCUUAAGAUGGACUUUCUUGAUGGGUUUCCUCCUUGCUAUUCCUUGUCUUAUCUUCAAGAGAUAUGGUCCAAAGAAGCUUACCAAAUAUUUCGAACCAACUAUUGUUAUUGGUGGUAUGUUGAUUUGGGCUCCUUACAAUUUGUCAUAUAUUACUGGUGGUGUUUAUUUGUCUUUCCUCUUUAUGUUCUACUUGAAGAAAUACUACAGAUCAUGGUGGCAAAAGUACAACUAUAUUUUAACCAGUGGUUUGUCUGCUGGUCUUGCUUUCUCAUCCAUCAUUAUUUUCUUCGCUGUCGAAUAUAACAGUUAUAAUGUUUCAUGGUGGGGUAACAAUGUUCCAUACGAAGGUAUUGAUGGUGGUUAUGGUCAACAAUCAUUAUUAAAUCCACUCAAUGCUACUGGUGGUUACUUCGGCCCAAGAGCUGGAGACUUCCCAUGA